AUGGCAUCUUCCUCCAUGGCUCGAAAACGAAAGUAUGAUGUGUUCCUUAGCUUUAGAGGAGAGGAUACCCGUGAUAAUUUUACUAGCCAUCUCCAUGAUGCUUUAUGUCGCAAAAAAAUCAAGACCUUCAUAGACAAUGACCUUGAAAGGGGGGAAGAAAUAACACCAGGCCUUUUGAGAACAAUUGAAGAAUCAAUGAUUUCUGUAAUCAUUUUCUCCAAAAAUUAUGCAUCUUCUCCAUGGUGCUUGGAUGAAAUGGCGAAGAUACUUGAAUGCAAGGAAAUUUAUGGUCAGACGGUUUUACCAAUCUUUUACCGUGUAGAUCCAUCUGAUGUUGAAGGACUAAGUGGCAGCUUUGGAGAUGCAUUUAUUGUGCUUGAGAAGAACUUUAAGGAGAAAAUGGAAAGGAUGCCCCAUUGGAGGGCUGACUUGAUGAAAGUUGCCAAUAUAUCAGGAUGGGAUUCCCGUGUGAUAAGGUCUGAGGCUAAACUUGUGAAAGAAGUUGUGGAACAUAUUUUGGGGAAAUUGAAUCAUGCAUCCUCAGGAGAUUCAAAGGGUCUGAUUGGAAUAGACUCACACAUUAGACUGAUUAAAAAUUUGUUAUGCAUUGGGUUGACAAGUGUUCGUAUUGUAGGAAUUUGGGGUAUGGCUGGCAUAGGUAAAACAACUAUUGCUAGAGCUAUUUUCAACACUCUCUCAAAUCAAUUUGAUGCUUGCAUUUUUCUUGAGAAUAUAAGGGAAGAAUCAAAACAAUUUGAGGGGCUAGGUCGUUUAAGAGAAAAGCUUCUUUCUGAAUUGUUAGAGGAGGAAAAUUUACGUACUAUCACUCUCAAUGUAGAAUCUAUUUUCAUUAAGGACAGGAUCCGCAACAAAAGGGUAUUGCUUGUCCUUGAUGAUUUGAAUGAUGUGGAUCAGCUAGAAGUCCUAAUUGGAAGAUGUGAUUUUGCUUUGGGAAGUAGAGUUAUUGUGACAUCUAGAGAUAGGCAUGUUCUCGAGAAUAGAGUUGAUGAAACAUAUGAAGUUGAGGGAUUAGAUAAUGAUGAAGCUCUUCAAUUGUUCAGUUUGAAUGCUUUUAAGAAAAAUUAUCCCACUUCUGAUAGAUUGGAGCUAUCAAAUAAGGUGGUGAACUAUGCUCAAGGAAACCCCUUGGCACUUAAAGUUUUGGGUUCCUUCCUGCUUUGUGAAGGAGAGAAGAUUGGGAAAGCGCAUUGGAUAAACUUGGAAGAAUUCCUCAGCCUAAAAUUUUUCAUAUGUUGA